GAUCAGAGACAGAGAGAGUCGAAGAUCUACACGGUGCUGUGAAAAUACAAGUAACCGAAGAGAGGACUCGACCUUUCGAGGAAAAUAGAAAGAUAUCUAUCUGUUUGAAAGUAACGCAAAGACCGGAAGGAUUUACUCCUCGUUUUUCAUCCCUCGUCUCUUUACAAUUGCUCCAAUAAUCUGUCCAACACACGCCGGAAAACGGAAGAACCUGAGAAACAACAAUCUUUCGCGAGGGAGUAGAAAAAUCGUUGAUUCUCUCAUACACGAUCCGGUUUCGUAUUUUCAAGAAAGUACCAACGACACUGCGAUAGAACGUGAUAUCCAGGAUAGCCAGGAUAUUAGAAAUCCGAAUUUCUCUCUACCCGAGAGCCAGAGUUGUUGUUGUUGUUUUUUUUAAUUAAUCCAAUAGGAUCGAGGGAAAACAGAACCAAUAGCCAAGAUGCCGCGGUGUUACAUGGUGAAGAAGGCCCUGUGCAACAAGUAUAUAAGCAAUGUUGCCAGAGGAUUCGAGAGCUGGGGUCGCGGAAGGAGCACGCCAUCACCGACCACCAUACAGAUUCCAGUUUCUCCCAUAGAAGGGAGCGUCGCACCCCCUGUUGCUCAAGAAUGCCUGAGCACGCAGUCCCAAGACACGACUGCGACGACAGGAGCGAAGACGCUCGAACAGAACGUCCCCAAGGAGAAGGUAAACGAGCCUAGCAAUGUGGACACGACGACGACGACGACGACGACGAUAAGCGCCGCUAGCACACCGCUAGCGAGCGAAUCGUCGCCUAUAGCGCGAACUGAGACGUCGGUGAUCAUCAGCACGCCGGCCGCUAGCUCGCCAUCCACCGUGGUAACUCCGCAAACGACAGAAUCGAUCGCCCAGGGCGUCGAGAGCACAACGACCACCACGUCCACGUUGCCUUUCGCCGCUCCCAGAUCACCGUCCAAAACAACAGUUCACACAGACAACGGUUCACACCAGCAACACGCGAACGUGCACCAUCACACGCCACCGGGGGAUCCUUCUCCGCCGUCGAGCACCGCCACACCACCGUACCACACCCCCGUGGAAGAAAUCACGGCGAAUAACUCCACGUCCGUUUCAAGGAUAGGGUCCAAUAAUGGCAUCGUGAUUACCAAUUACGUGUCCCCGAUGUUCAAAGACCGUUCAGCAGCUGAGACCGAGGCUGCACACGAUUUACUAGAGCUCUCAAGAUCGCUGCCCCCGUUACCACCGCCCAGCAUCGCCAUCGGGCCGCAGAGCGUGAUAGAGUCGCCGGCGACUGACAUCCAAGAGAUGACGGUGUACCAACCGGACCAACCCAUCUACCAAGUGAACACCAUCGACCUGGCCAACUCCACCAUCUACGCGCAUCAUCAGCAGCACCAAGCGUCGAGCAUCAUCUACGAGCCGAGCGCGGCGAUAGUCCAGCAAACCGGCAGCGUGUUCAUCCCUCUGUCGCCGGUUCAAGAGAUUCUGCUCACCUACAGCACACCGUCCAUCCCGUGCACGCCGAUCAUGGCAGCCCAGCAGCCACCUCAGCUGCUGCCGGUGCAGCAACCACAGUUCCAUCAGAGCAUAGAGGCGGUGCCGCCGUUAACGCCACCCACGUCCGAGUGCAACAGCGACAUCGAGAACAACAAUCCGAACUCGCAGCCAAGUCAGAAGGACAAGGAGGUGCAAACGGUGACCGAGCAGAACGAGGUGAAACCGGCGAGUUACACGUACGACACUCUGCUGGUGGCCGACGGCAGGUCGAAGAACAAGAAGAUAGCGCCGAUCCAGAAGGCGCAGGAGGCUGAACCAGUCGAGGCGCCUGAGACGUCGAAGAUCGGACGUUACGUCUGUUGCGAGUGCGGCAAACAGUACGCGACGUCGUCGAACCUGUCGCGGCACAAGCAAACACACCGGAGCAUCGACUCUCAGUCGGCGAAGAAGUGCAUCCACUGUGGCAAGGCGUACGUGAGCAUGCCAGCCUUGGCGAUGCACGUGCUGACUCACAAGCUGACACAUAGCUGCGGCGUCUGUGGCAAGAUGUUCUCCAGGCCGUGGCUGCUGCAAGGCCACCUGAGAAGUCACACGGGCGAGAAGCCGUACGGGUGCGCGCAUUGCGGCAAAGCGUUCGCCGACCGGUCGAAUCUCCGCGCCCACAUGCAGACCCACUCCGCGGACAAGAACUACGAGUGCCACAAGUGUCACAAAUCGUUCGCGCUCAAAUCCUACCUGAACAAGCACUUGGAGUCCGCCUGUCAGAGGGAGAACGACGAGCUCAACAACGACCCAGACGCGCCCCAGUAGACUCGCCGGAGUUAGGCUCACUGUUGGCGCUAGUGUCGCUGCACUCCAUCGACCAGGCGACACGUCAGACGAGGAACUUAAAUAAUGCAAGAAGAAACCCUCCAAUUCCAAUCUCUAGGAUUCGAUAGCUGCGGCAAUGACUGCUUCGUCGUGUCCCUUCCUGUACCUGCCAGACUCCUAACAAUUUCACGUUUCUUGAUCAAACGAUGAAGUAGAAACGAGUCGUCCGCGAAACACAAGAAACAACGAAGAACUUCACCGUCGUCGACAGAAGGUGAUUCUUCGUCGUCAACAGCCGCAAUCAGUCAUCGAAUUUCCAGAAUUUCUGGGUAAGCGAAACGAUUUCGAAACUUCGCACUUUGAUUCGCGGUUCAAGUCACGCCAGAAGCUAUCGAGGAAAGGAAAAAGGAAAUUCACCGAAAAGGAGAUUGCGUUCUCGAAAGACGAAACUCCAUAAAGCAGGUGGACAAAACUGAGACAAAACACGAGAGUGCGUCUGGUGGUUGAGUCAACAUUUUGCAUUCUCGUUUCGUUCUUUGUACGAGCGAAGAGGCGGUACGCGUAUAAACUGUGAGAUUAAAGUCGCGUUUCGCGAUAACAGAGGGAGUAACGUUCGACGAAUAUGGAACGUGAAUAGAGGGAUGAAUUGUCGUGAGGUGAGGAGAUGCGUGUUCCUUCGGAUGACGCGAUUCAAACGGCAUUCCUUUCGUCCGCGGACGGUUCGACGAGACUCUGCUCUGCUCUGGUCGUCCGGUGAAAUCGAUAUUCGCGUGGCAUCAAGGGUGGAAACGAAACGAAACGACGCUCGUUCAGUUUCCGAUGAAAGGGCCUGGCUACGUGAUAGAGAUGGGCAACGAACGAACGAACAACGCGGCGAAAAUCGAUGCAAUACUAUCGAGGGACCAUCAAUUUGUGAGUAAAAAUUCAUUUCGAAUCGCCGAUCGUUGAUGGGGAAAACCCGGUCAAUUCCAGUCGAAGAACUUUCGAGAUCCAAUGGAAACAACGUGCGCCUCGCAAUGUGCGCGCCGACUGCCUUGUCGAUUUAAUGAUCUUCUCUCUGAUACUUGAGAGUUCUUUUUUUUUAGAUAUCGUGCAGCAAUGUUUCUUCUGGAAUCUGAUCUGAUACAGGACCGUGAACACGUUGUUAGAAAUAUUCGACUUCUUUCUGGCGUGUCCUAAUACUUUAUAAAACGAGCACAGAUUGAAAGCAAUCGAGAUUUCGUUUUUUCUGAACUUUCCGCGUGCUUUUGUUCAUUUUCUUUUCUCGGCGUUCGUUUCACAAACGAACACGGCAAUAUCUUCGCGACUAGGUAAAAUCGAUAUAUGGCACGUCGUAAGCUGAUCAUUGCCGAGGUGAUUUCGCGAAUUAAGGUUGAUAUUCGAUAGCUAUAUAUAUAUAUAGCCGUCGACGUCGGGAUCGCGAAAAGUUUCCACGCGAACACGUAAUUUCCUCGAGGCAUCCUUUUUUCCCCAAGUUCCAUCGGCGCCUUUGGCGUACAAUGGAAGCGACGGCGGGAGGAUGGGCACACGUCGAAGGUUUUCAUCAACAUUUCACGUAAACUGGACCACCUGUUGAAUGCAGGAAUGACCAUUGAUGGCGAAAGGGUCGCUCUCUCGUUUCGCUCUCCUAAAUUAUAGAACAUCCUCUCCUCGUUGAGUAAUUUCCUCGUUGUCACAAAGUACACGCCAGCGAGACCAACGGCGUUUCUACAUUUUUUUCCUCGAGAGCUUAGAGAUCGUUUAUAAAAUAAUACUCGAAUACUCACGUAUUCACAGACGAACGAGGGAAUCGGGGGAAGAAUUUCUUGAUCCUCGCCCAUCUAGUCAGAACCUUUCAAAUUCGCAGUCGAUCGAUCGAGGGAAUAUCCAAGUCGGAAAAGAAGUCCAACAUCUUCUUCGAUAAUUCCAAUCAUUUAACGAUCCAGCCAGUAAUUUCCAAAUGCGCAAUGUUUUUCAGUUUUAGACGACAGACGCGCAUGGCAGAACGUAAACUUUUCUACGCGGAAAA